AUGGCACAUGAUUCAAAUGACCAGCCCGAUCAAUCCGCCUCGGAACAAUCAAAUGAAGACGUUUACUCCACGUUCUCGAAACCCUCCAAAGCAUGGAUUGCCUUUUUGGUAGGCUUGUCCGGCUUCUUCUCGCCUCUCAGCGCGAACAUCUAUUUUCCGGCUAUCACCAAUAUCUCAGAAGACCUACGAGUCUCACUUGAGCUUGUCAAUUUGACCAUCACGGCAUACUUGAUUUGCCAGUGUAUUACACCAUCUAUCACGGGUGACCUGGCGGACAUGAUAGGCCGACGGCCAGUCUAUUUAUUGGUUUUGACGGUUUACUUCGGUGCAAACCUGGGACUAAGCUUGCAGAGGACGUAUGCAGGUCUGCUUGUGCUGCGGAUGAUACAAAGCAUGGGUGCGUCUGGGACAAUAGCUCUAUGUCUCAGCGUCAUACACGACAUAGCCGCGCCGCAUGAGAGAGGCAAGUAUAUGGGGGCGGCGAUGACAGGACCGAAUGCAGCCCCGAGCAUUGGGCCUGUACUAGGCGGCGUCCUUGUAGAAAAAGCAGGCUGGCAAUGGAUCUUCCGCUUCCUGUGCAUCCUUUCGGGGCUCAACCUUGUUCUGAUCACAAUAUUUCUCCCUGAGACUGGGCGUGCUAUUGUUGGAAACGGGUCUUUCCGUGCGACUGGUAUCAAUCGCAGUCCAAUUUCGUGCGUGAAGUCACCACGCCAGCCAAGCGUCAGCACGUCCGAUCCUCUUGAGAAGCCAAGAUUACGCAUUCCAAAUCCUCUCCUUGCGCUGAAGAUACUGUUCAAGAAGGACGUGGCACUAUUGAUGUACGCCAACGGUGUCUUCUACAUAAAUUACCAGUGCACGCAGGCCUCACUUUCCUCAUUGUUUAUGGCCACUUACGGUCUCAAUGCGCUCCAGGCAGGACUCUGCUAUCUACCUUAUGGAAUCGCUUGUACUGCAGGGACCUUCUUGACUGGCAUGGUCAUCGAUCGAGACUAUCGCGUCACCGCUGCGGCUGUUGGCUUUACGAUCAACAAGAAAUCAGGAGACGACCUUCGGAAAUUCCCUAUUGAGAAGGCAAGGUUGCGAAGCAUAUGGUACUUCAUGGGCCUACUGAUUGCAUGCACAGUGGGUUAUGGGUGGUCGGUGGAAACCAAGACCGUGAGAGAAGCCAUAGAAGAUACUUCACGCCGGGAGUAA